AUGCCAACUACACUUAGAACAAGAAGAAGAAACAACCUCAAACGCCUCAAUUACCUAUGUUUCUCAACUUUCAUACAACCUCAAUCUCCAGCUCCUACAUCAUCCCUUCUUCAAGAAAUUGAUCACAAUCGUCCAUCAUUCUCCACGUCAUCAACCAUGAUUAAAAACUUCAACACUCUCUACCACCAUCACACCACCGAACCAGAACCUCAACUCGCCGACAUUGCCACCGCCUUUGCCUCCAACCGCUUCUUUUUCUCCUCUCCCGGCCGUUCCAACUCCAUAGUUGAAUCAACCCCAUCCUCAUUCUCCUCUUCCUCAUCAUUGUUGGUUUCCACUGUGCCAGCACCGGCAAAUGAUUCUAACAAAAAGAAGACAGUUUUCAACGGAAGUGUGGCGGUGCCAACAUAUUCACCGGACCCUUACAUGGAUUUUCGAAGGUCAAUGCAAGAGAUGGUGGAAGCGCAACCAGAGUUGAUGAAGGACGUGAAGUCCAAUUGGGAAACCUUACACGAGCUUCUUCUUAGCUAUCUCGCUAUUAAUCCCAACAACACUCACAAGUUUAUUCUCGAUGCUUUUUCUGAUCUUAUUGUUACUCUCAUGUCCUUUUCUUCUUCUUCUUCUUCUUAA